AUGGCCCUCUUUGCAACACACGCCGCAGCGGCUCCAGUCGCCGCCCCCAUUGAACACCCUUAUGACGACAAUGGUGGCUCGAUCCUCGCGAUUGCCGGUGCCGACUUCUCUGUGAUUGCGGGCGACACGCGCCAGACCCAGGGAUACUCGAUCCAGACACGUUACGCCCAGAAGGUGUUCCAGCUUACCGACACAGCAGUGCUGGCGGUCAACGGGUUCGCGGCGGAUGGCAACAACUUUGUCAAGCGCGUCAAGCAGAAGCUCGAAUGGUACGAGGCAGCCCACCACAAGCAGAUGGGGAUCAAGAGCAUUGCUCGCAUGAUCCAGACGAUGCUGUACGGCAAGCGCUUCUUCCCUUACUACGUGUACAACAUUCUGGGCGGUAUCGAGGAGGACGGGACGGGCGCCGUCUACUCGUUCGACCCGGUCGGCAGCUACGAGCGCGAGGCGUGUCGCGCGGCCGGCGCGGCGCAGUCGCUCAUCCAGCCGUUCCUCGACAACCAGAUCUACUUUAAGAACAUGACCUUCCCCCCGGGCGAGAAGCCCAUUCCCGGUAACCUCCCCCUGUCGACUGUGCUCGGCCUCGUUAUCGACAGCUUCACGAGUGCGACCGAACGCCACAUUGAAGUCGGCGACGGGCUCGAGAUGUACGUCGUCAUGAAGAAGGGACGGACGACCGACGACCUCCUCACCAAGGGCGUGCUGCCAGAGGGCGUAACUGUCCAGGAGGUCCCGCCUCUUGGCGAGGGCGGCGGUGAACGCACAUUUAAGAUCUACCGCAACCUCAAGCGCGACUAG